AAAGUUAUACAUAAGUAUGUACACACAGACACGAUGUGCCUUUUGUAUCACACUGCGCUUCAUAACACCGGGGACAAUCAGGAAAUAACAUAAAGGGAAGCUCGCUUUGUAGACGUUCUGUUUCCAAAAUACUGUGUGGUUUUUCUCGGAUCGUGACCUGCCUUCAGUUGAUCAGUCUGAAUUACUGAGCUCGUUUUUUUGGCUUGCAGACAAAUGGAUGACAACCAUUACAAAGGGCUUAAUGGCAGUGGUAACUUUGGAGAUGAAUAUCUCAAACAGAAACUUGUCUGGUUCUAAUUCGUCAGAAGAGAUCAGGAAGGCUGUUGAAAAGUGUGUGUCAUCGUUUUCAAGUACACUUGAUGUUAGUAGAAAAAAUAUUACACAUCUUACCGAGGAAAUAUAUAAACAGCCUGAUAUAAAGCACUUUCAUCUGGAGGGAAAUGCCAUAUCGAUGAUUCCUGAGGAUUUAUUUCAAAAGCUGCCACAUCUUGUGUGGCUGGAUCUCCGGUUUAACAAGAUUACAGCUCUUCCCCCUGGAAUUGGUUACCACAGGCAAUUGAAAACUCUGCUUUUAGAAAGGAAUCCUAUAAAAGAGCUGCCCACAGAGCUUGGAAGCUUAACUGCAUUGACAGCCUUGAAUCUGAGACACUGUCCCCUUGAAUUUCCACCUAAAGAUAUCAUAGAAAAGGGAUUAAAAUCUAUCCUCUGCUUUCUUCGGGCAUCUGGGAAUGACAGGCUACUCUCCAUAGAGCCAGCUACUUCAGAAACAGCACCUGUUGAAAAGCUAAACUUAAGUGAACUGUUGCAGUCCAGUUUGGAUGUGUCGGAUGAUUGGCCUAAUGAAGAGGAAAAGCUAAGAUUUCAGAAGCUGAAAGAAGAAAUUAUAAAAAAUGAAGAAGAAUUUCUUGCUGACCAAAGGUUAAGUGCAAUUCAUGAUCUCACAAAAGCACAGGAAAACCAUGGAAAGAACAGAGAGCUCUACUCAGAGUCAGCUGGUCUUUGCAGGAGGAUGUCCAGACAAAGAGAUGAAAUCGAUGAGCAUCUGUCCUGUGAUAGGACGAUUCAGGCGAGGCGAGAUGAAAAGUGCGGAUCAGCAGCAGGGCAGGAGCUAAAAGAAGAACAAGCUUCAUUUAAACAAAGGAAAAAGCAAGUAUAAUGUCACUGUUUUUCCAAAGUCAUUACUUAGUUUCUUAACAGGUUGCCUAGUUUAGCAUUUACAAGGAAAGAAGUAAUUUCAAAUAUUUUAACUUGCAAGGGGAAACUUGAGCGAGCUUUCAUUUACAAAAUAUGGUGCUCUGAGGCAACAAGAAAGGUGUCUAUCAAAUUUCUUGCAGACUUGCCCAUGGAACUCCAUGAUUUCCCAUUGAAUUGAGUAGAAAAUCCUUUUCAGUUAAUUCAUAAUUUGUUACAUUCCAUGUAAACAUAAACUGAGGAUAAUGUAUAUUACUGUUUGUUAAAAAAGUAAUUUAUUGGGUAUUAUUACAGUUGACAAAUAGUUUUAGAGAGACAGUGGAAAUAAAAG